GUGUGGCCAGAUGAUACUACAUCCUCUGCGAAGAGAGUGAGACUGAAGAAAGUGUUUGAUGUUUUCUUUAAAGAGGAUCAACCAUUGAUUGCUGUCGCAGACAGUCAGAACAGAGUUAAGGUAACGAUGUUUCUAGUAAGGAGGAAAUGACUCUUUCGAUAGGGGGCGGUAAAUUAUAUUAAGGGACUGCGUUCUCUAUCUGCUGGUAUACAAUGUCCAAGUUUCUUUUACCAAAUCAUUCAAUGUAAUGUAUUUUUGUUGUGCUUCAGAUUUUCGAAGGAGUUCAAGGAAAAGAACUACGGUAUAGCGAGUCGUACAAUGCCAAAAUUACUUGCCUCUUAUUCUCAUUGGAUGGGAGCAAGGUUGCGAUUGGCUUAGAGUCUGGAGAAAUCAAGGUAUCACUCUAUAUGAUUUUUUUGUCUGUUUUAUUGCGUUCACAUUUUACCCAUGCUUAAUUAACGUUCGAUAUUUCAAGUAUCAUUUAUUUCUGUUAUAUAUUUAUAUAUUCAUUGUGCAAAAGUUGGAAGAGAAGAUUCGUUAAACUUUUUUAUCAAAUUCCCCAAAUCAUAAUUUCUGCACAGAUUCUCGCAGUUCAAACCUGUCAGCUUCUUCUAAAGCUUGAUGGACAUGGUGGAAAAGUGUAUUCAAUAAAUUACAACAGUUCUGGUUCCGUAUUAUUGUCCUGCUCUAAAGAUGGAACUUUCAUGGUAAGUAACCCUUUAAAACCAAAAUGUUUUUCUUUGUGACCUCCGCCAGGAGGUAGUGUUUUCAUCUUACCUGGGUUUGUAUGUGUGUCUACAAUAUAUGUAUGUUUGUGUGGAUGUGUGUCUAUCUGUCAGCUCGACAUUUUUGGAAAAAUAUCCAACGUAUUAAAUACGAAAAUUUGUGGGGCUAGUAGAAAUAGUGCAAGAACAAAUCGAUUACAUUUUGGUUCAAUUUGGGUGAAAAUUGGAUGAGAAAUCUGCAAUAGUUUCUCUUGCUUUGCCAGGAGUAAACUGAAUGCGUGAUUAGCCCAUUGUAUAGUUUAUAUAUGAUUGAUGACAUAAUUUGUUGGCGGAGGUGUGCAGUCUCGGAGGUGUGCAGUCUCUGAGGUGUGCAGUCUCGGAGGUGUGCAGUCUCUGAGGUGUGCAGUCUCGGAGGUGUGCAGUCUCGGAGGUGUGCAGUCUCUGAGGUGUGCAGUCUCGGAGGUGUGCAGUCUCGGAGGUGUACAGUCUCGGAGGUAUGCAGUCUCUGAGGUGUGCAGUCUCUGAGGUGUGCAGUCUCUGAGGUGUGCAGUCUCUGAGGUGUGCAGUCUCUGAGGUGUGCAGUCUCGGAGGUGUGCAGUCUCGGAGGUGUGCAGUCUCGGAGGUGUGCAGUCUCGGAGGUGUGCAGUCUCGGAGGUGUGCAGUCUCGGAGGUGUGCAGUCUCGGAGGUGUGCAGUCUCUGCAGGAGGUGUGCAGUAGGUGCAGUCUCUGAGGUGUGCAGUCUCUGAGGUGUGCAGUCUCUGAGUGCCCUCUGAUUUUCUAUUGUUACUGCUUUAUUCUUGAAUUUGUUAUUUUUGUCAAGUUGCUAUCUCAUAGACCAAUAUUGGAGUAGAUGCAUGGAUAAUCAAAGUGACGAUAUAUUAUACACUUUUAAUACAUACCUAACCAGGAACGGUUGCGACGGAAUUGCAGGGUCGCAUGCUCCAUUCCUGCCAGAGGACCUAGUGUCGCAUUUUGUGCAUAAGUGUAUAUAUAUCGUCACUUGAAUUAUGCAUCUACUCCAAUAUUCAGUUUCAACCAUGAAGUGAAGUGCAGACGAAAUCUUUCUAGUAUCACAUACACCAACAGUGAAGUUUAAUGUGGCCAUCAAUUUUUAUACAAACAAGCCUUACGUUCUCUUUAGACGUGGGACUGUGAGUCUGGAAAGCCUUUGUUAGGUAAAGAACCACGACACGAAGAGGACGUUACUGUAGCAUCAUUCUUUGAUAAUGAUAAGCGUAUUGUGACUGCCUCUAAGGAUGGCACCGCUAAGGUACAGUAAACUUCGGUUUAGGGUAGACAAACGUUCAAAUUAUUUACUUCUGGCGGACACUUCAAAGGGGGGGGGGGGCGGAUUAGGUGGCCACCAAAUGAUCACCCUUUGUAGCCGGAACUCUUGGGUCUUUAAACGUUUCGCCUUAAAUUUCAUGUAAUAUACUGUAACAGUAUACUGUACCUUAACCUAUAUCGCCUACCAUGGUCAAAAAAUAAUUGUCACAGAUUUGUUACAGCUAUCCUAUUCCGAAAAACCUACAUGUAUAUCAUUCUUUUUUUUUCUGUUUUUAGGUGUGGGACAGUGUGUCUGGAAAUUUUUUGUUCACGUGUGUUCACGAAAGAAAUCAAUGGGUGUUGACCUGUGUUGUUUCAUCAGAUAAUAAAAGGAUUGUAACUGGCUCUGUUGAAAGCGUUGUCAAGGUACAGCGAUUAAUGCGUUUCUUCUUUUACCCAACUCUCUUCUCAUACUGGGUAUAUCCAUGCCUUGUCAUGCAUGUCUGCUGUCCGUCAACAUUCGUUGUGUCGUGAGGAGAAAGAGCCACCUUUACAUUGACAUCAUGCAGAAAAUGGUCAGACUUUCGCGUCUUCUCGGAUAAGGACGUUAAAUCGUAGGUACCUCGGACCCCCUAUCAAUUGGGCAAUUCACUCAUCUGUGAUUGAGUAACUCAAUACACUCAAACUAACGCUCCAUAAUAAUCAAACCUUCUUUAUACACACUCAACCAAAGUGAGCUUGUACCUUUUAUUCUACAUGAGAUUUCCGUUCUCAGUUGAGCUCACCUUAUAGGACACAAGGAUACCUUAGGGAUCACCUUAGGACAAAUUUUCAAUGAAUACUGCUGUGUGAAGAACAAAUGUUUAUCAUCGGCUUACAACCACAACCACAACAACAACUGUUUACUGUAGAUGUCGAUAAGAGAUCAACUCUUUUAUUUUUCCUGUCAAUAUAGUUAGAAGGAAAACCGCCUGGUCUCUAAUGUUUUUUAUCUUCCUAAUAUUUGAUUUGGUUUUUGGACAACUUGUUUUAGACAUGGGAUGCAUCGACUGGGCAAGAGUUAUUCAAUGUAAAACCUCACAGUGAUGUAGUAAGGUCUUUAUCUAUCAGCGAAGAUAACGUAAUAUUCGCAAGUGGAAGUGAUGAUGGCACAGUUAAGGUAUGUUUAUUCAUUUAUUUAUUAUUUAUUCAAUUAAAAAUAUUAUAGCAGAGUACGUAUAUUUUUACAAACGAAUAUUCUAGAAACCCACCACAAUCCAUUACCCAUGCAGCAUUCUGUUUAAACUUUAAAGCUCUUACAUGUAUUGUGGGUUAUAACUUUCAACGUAACCAGAAAGUACACAAGCUGUUGUGUUCAAGAAACCUCUUAAUCAUUCUAUCCAUAUAUUUUUGAAGAUUUCUAGUCUUGUGGACGGCAAGGUUUUGGCCUCAUGCACUUCGCAUACAUACGCCUGGGUGACAGACAUUGUUUUUGGAAAGAAUUGUAAACAAUUGGUCACAGUCGGUAAUAAUAUUCAGGUUGGUUUUACUUUAUAUUAUUCAUAAUCCUCGGGCCAAGGGGAAGGAAAGCAUUAGCGAAGUUUGAGGUUCGUCAAUAAUCGCGACCACGUGGCCAUGUUUCGUUGUGUGUGGGUGGUCUUCCUCACUGAUCUCAAUGUUGAAAAUUAUAUACAAUAACGCAUGUCAUUCUUAUUUUGCUCAAAACUGGAUUUUCCAUUUUACCUUCGCUCGAAACGUCGAGUUUCUGCUUAUUUUUUAAGAUAGUAAUAUAACCACUCAGCACAGCUUAUUUCGUAGGCCUACACUGUAUGUAGAAGUCUUAAAUGAUUUAAAAUGAAGUGUUAAACAUUGGUUUAACAUGAAGUGUGUGUUAUUGGCCAACACUGGACGCAGACUCGCGUUUGGCGUCAAGCGUUGCCAUGAUAACACGAUCAUUAUUAAAUUUUUCGUUGCAGUGGCAUGACACAGAUGGCAAACUACUUCAACAGUUCUUUAUAAAAGGCAGUCAUUUACGUCGCAUCAAAUGUUCACCAGACUUUCGACUCUUCAUCACAGUUGAUAACGAAGGAGUUUUGUACAUUCUGAAAGUGAUCUCUUAA